AUGACCAUCCGCGCGGUUAUCGGGGGCGCUGAGGGUUGGAGCGACGUAGAGUUGUUCGUCCAAUGCAAGUACGAAUGGUUCCAGAGAUUUCUGGACCUGCCCGACGGGGUACCUUGCCCUGACACCUUUGCCAGGGUGUUCGCCCGCAUUGACCCGGAACAAUUCCGGGACUGCCUCAUGGACUGGGUGAGCAGCGUCAACCGGUUGACCCACGGCCAGGUGAUUGCCGUGGAUGGCAAGACCUUGCGGCGCUCCCACGACCGCAACUCGGGGAAGGAGGUCAUUCACAUGGUCAGCGCUCUGGGCUUCGGAGAACUCCUUGGUGUUGGGUCAGACCAAGGUGGAAGCGAAGUCCAAUGA